AUGCUGUAUAUCUCUCACGGCUGGAAGGCUCGCGUGUGCGCAGCCCUCGACGGAAAGCAUCUACUCGGCUUCGUGACGAAGCCCAACUAUGAUGGUGUCUCCGAGGACAACAGCAAGGACAGCGGGAGCCACAUAUCCGACGCCGACGACCCGCCGAAGACCACGCCGGCAAAGACGGCUGAGAUCGACUACGACGAGAGUGACGACGAUGACAAGCCCCAAUCAGGCUCUGACGAAGACUCAAGUGGUGACUCGGACUCUGCGAUCAAGCGCAAGGACCUGCCCGUUAUCCGGCCGUUUAACCGCCGUGAUGCACGACAAGCGCGCAAGCCGUUGAAGAAGCCUAAGACCAAGCCUUUGAACCCGCGUGAGCGCCGUCGCCAGGAAGCCAAGACCAAGGCAUUUCUGAUGAAGACGAUGGACAACACGCACGUUCGGCUGGUCAAAAAUCUCGUCACGUCCUACGACAUCUUCACCUUCAUCUGCGAGAAGUACGAGGGUGCUGCCUUCCACGGCGACCCCUACUUCAUCCAGCACUACCUGAUGGAGAUCAAGUACGAGGAGAGCUCUGAUCUCACAGAGUUCUUCCUUAAGCUUGAGAACGCGAUGAAAUCCGCGUCGGAAGCCACGGAAUCGGUGAUGACGGAGGGACAGAAGUCAAUCUACCUGUUCCACUCCAUGCCCAAGUCGUGGAAGGAUGAUCUCCGCGUUUGGAAGGGCCAACGGAAGUACAUCCCGUAUGAGGACCUCAAGCAGGGUAUUGAGGGCAAGGUGCGCGACCUCCAAGCCCAAGAGCGCUAUACAUUGGCGAAGGGCACACCGGAGACGACAGCGACCAAGAGCGAGCGUGCCCUGGUUGCGGCUGGACCUACAAUCACUCCGCCUACCCAUGGCAACAACUACAACAAUACCUGCUCGUACUGCGACCGCCCGCGCCACACUAUCCGUCACUGCAGGAGCCUACAGAAGGACCUGCGGACUGGACACGUGAAGGCCGGUACUAACAAGGGCAAGAACAAGCGCAAUGGAAACAGUGCUGGUGGCAACUACAACGGCAAUCGUGGCAAGAAUCGACAGCGCCAAAACCGCCAAGAAAGAUCUGAUGAUGAUGACUACCGUCGGAGCAAGUCCCGCGAACGCAAACGCUACCAGGACGACUCGGACGAUGAUGAUGAAGCCGAUGGCAACCGUUGA